CAUAAAAAAAAUAAAAAAUUAAAAAAAACGCAGAGAUAUAGAAAAUCUGGAGAUUUAUCGAGAUAUGGUGACAUUGAAUUCAGUGGAUAUAAAUUAAUGAGGAUUCGACACCCCUGCAAAAUUUCCUUAAAAGAAUAAUAUCAAUACGGUAGAUGUCGAAGCUCUCUGAUUCCCAUUUCCCUGUAAUGGCUAUCCAAUAAUAUCCUCCGAUCCGCAGCCACGUAAGAGUUUCAAUUUGAUUGAUAUCAUCGCCAACCAAAUCCCUCCCCCAUGGCUUCCAUGCCACUUUGACAACCAUUGGCAAUUAAUUGCUUCUUCUCCUUCUUCUUCUUAUUCCUCCAGAGAUUUUAAUUGUUGAAGUAUGGAGAUCCCGUCGAACAAUUCAAGAUCAGGUUCAGACCCAGUGACUAGAACCGCUUCAAACCAAUAACCCACUUUGCAAAAUUGUUCAAACUCAUCAUCAACCAUGCCACAAGACCUCCCCAUCACCACCACCACAAUCAUCCCCACAGCCAAUAAGAAGUUAUCUCUGGUACCUCUCAUCUUCCUCAUCUACUUCGAAGUCGCAGGAGGACCCUACGGCGAAGAGCCAGCAGUCCAAGCAGCCGGACCACUCUUUGCCAUCCUCGGCUUCCUAAUCUUUCCUUUCAUUUGGAGUGUCCCUGAAGCUCUAGUCACUGCAGAGCUCUCCACCGCCUAUCCUGGAAACGGAGGUUUUGUGAUCUGGGCAGAGCGUGCUUUUGGUCCCUUUUGGGGUUCUUUAAUGGGGACAUGGAAAUUCCUCAGUGGGGUCAUCAACAUAGCUGCUUUCCCUGUUCUUUGCAUAGAUUAUUUGGAGAAGAUUUUACCGGCUUUUGAAUCCGGUUGGCCUCGCUACGUUGCAAUCUUGGUCUCAACUCUGCUUCUUUCGUUUCUCAACUAUACUGGUUUGACAAUCAUUGGAUAUGUGGCUGUGCUGCUAGCCGCAGUCUCUCUUUCACCAUUCAUUUUGAUGUCUGUGAUUGCCAUUCCAAAGAUUCAUCUCCACAGAUGGAUGAGUCUGGGACAGAAGGGUGUGAAGAAGGACUGGAAUUUGUUCUUCAACACCCUCUUCUGGAACCUGAAUUUCUGGGACAAUGUCAGCACUUUAGCUGGAGAAGUGGAAAAGCCUCAGAAAACUUUUCCUCUGGCUCUUUUUGUGGCUGUGAUAUUCACUUGCUUGGCUUACUUGGUACCGCUUUUUGCAGUGAUUGGAUCAGUGUCUGUGGACCAAUCCAGAUGGGAAGCAGGGUUUCAUGCUGAGGCUGCGGAACUCAUAGCUGGGAAAUGGUUGAAGGUGUGGAUUGAAGUCGGUGCUGUGUUAUCAGCAAUUGGACUGUUUGAAGCCCAAUUAAGCAGCAGUGCUUAUCAACUUCUGGGUAUGGCGGAUUUGGGAAUUUUGCCCAAGUUUUUUGCAGCUCGUUCAAAAUGGUUCAACACUCCCUGGGUUGGGAUUGUUCUGUCCACUGUCAUCGCUCUUGGGGUUUCCUACAUGGAUUUCCAAGACAUAAUUUCGUCAGCAAAUUUCUUGUACAGUUUGGGAAUGCUGUUGGAAUUCUCGUCCUUUCUUUGGCUGAGAAGAAAGUUGCCUGCUUUAAAGAGGCCGUUUAAAGUUCCUAUGGGGCUGCCAGGAUUGGUGAUAAUGUGUUUAAUUCCAUCUGGGUUUCUGAUUUUUGUGAUGGCAAUUGGCACUAAGAGAAUCUACUUGAUUAGUGGAUUGAUGACUGUGGGUGGGAUUGGAUGGUUCUUCUUUAUGAAAUUUUGCAAGUCAAGGAAUUGGUUUAAGUUCAGCAGUGAUCAUGAAAUUCAACAAGAUGAGCAUCAAACAUUUCAGCAUUUAUGAUCCGUAAUUAAAAGUGUUGGACAGAAUCUUCUUCAGCUCCAACUUUUUAAUUGUACUUGAUGAGCUUUGAGUUUGCGAUGAGUUGGACACCCACAAAGUUGAUUUGAUAUAAAGAUACUUGGAUCUGUAGUUCAUAAUCUAUUAUUCUCCAUUUAUAUGUAUUUUUUUUUCCCCCAAAGAAAAAGAGAAUUAAGGAGAUUUCUUUUUGGCCACUAAGAAAUAUAGAAAAGGACUAACAAAAGAUAGCACAACCUUGUAUCCAUUAAAGCAGUAGAUAUCCAUUUCCAUUGGCUCUCUUCUCCCCUAAAAUUCUUAGUGGUUGAUCCUCGUUAAUGCUCAAUUUGUUUCUGAACAUAAAUUGAAUAUGAUUUCUUAAAAA